GCUAAAGAAACAUUCCAGCGACAUUGGCGAAAGAACUCUCGGCUGGGUCCUCCGGAGGAUGCAAAUCCUGAAUUUGGGAGGCGCCAUGAAGUCACAGGUCUUUUUAUCCAACAUGAACAGAAUUAUUUACCAGCUUUUGGCGGUGGGAGUCUGCUUCGCCAUAGGCCACGCUUUGCAGUGCUAUGAGUGUAAAAUUGGCUUCUGGAACUUGUGCCUAACCAAGGAGGUGACCUGUGCCAAAGGGGAGCAUUGCUUCAGCGGUAAAGGCUCGGCUGCCGGCUUCGUGGACGUCUCCAUGAAGGGCUGCCUGGCCAUGGUCGAGUGCAACUCCACCAAAGAGGUGAACUUCCCCUCCAGCAGCUCCAACGCCACCAUCUACAAGAUGACCAGGACGUGCUGUGACACCAACCUGUGCAACGCUGCGCCCGGCCUGCCCGCCGCCUCGGGCCUGCACUUGGCCCUCGCCACCAUCAGCGCCCUCCUCCUGGUCAACGUGCUGGUGUGAAAUGUCCUCUCAGCAACAUAACCAGCCGCACCGACAGACAGCCUGCUUUUGUUUCCACCUUAUAAAACCUUUUCGAAAGCUCCAAUCCAUUUCCUCGUGUCGUUUCUAGAUUCAUGCCGAAAUUGAGCAGUUGUAAGAAAAACACUGUUGAAAAAGUUGCACACAUUUUUCUAAUUGUGCUCGUUGCCAAAAGCUUUUUGUUCCUCUUGAAAUUAAUCAUUUCCUUUUUUUUUCCGGUGCGAAUAAUCCCUUCUAUUUUUCCUGUUUAACUGGAUUCAUUGUUCUAAAUAUCGGUGUUGCUUCCAAGCUGUGUGGGUUGUUUUUAUUUGGACUGCAUACAGUAAAGGGUGAGCGUUUGUUUAUUUAGACAUAACAUUGAGAUAAGGUGAAUUUGCACACCAUAACAGCUCUUAUCUCUGGAUUUGUGCCCAACAACUUCCUCAUGCGGACACUUUUACUUUCUACUCCUCCCAAACGGCGCGUGUGUGAGUGUGUGUGGAAAUGGCACAACUCGUAAUAUUGUAUGAUUUCAAAAAUAUGCAAUAAAAUUUUCACCCCA